UAGGGAGGGGGGAAUUGGUUGUCUUCGGUUUAGGCUCAUCCCAAGAUUUCCAUCUCCCAUUUAAUCCUGUUUCUUUUCAUCUUUCCCUUCAACAUCACUCAUACCAUCCUUAUAUUCGACUUACUUUAAAUAUAGAAUGGACACAGCCUCAACUAAUACCCCCAGCAAUGAAUCAGCAGAUGAAGAUCCUUUGGAUGCUUACAUGGCAGAAAUUUCACAAAAAGCGAGAGCUGGAGCUGAGAACAAGAAAGCCCGUGUUGUUGUGAUUGGAGCUGUUUCUAAAAGUGCCCCAAAUAAGGGAGAUAUUGUCGAACCUGAAGAUGAAAAGGAACAGGCACAAGAUGAACUUGAUGUUGAACAAACUGCAUCAAGUUUAUUGGUAAAAGGAAGAAUGUUGGCACAAACGGAUCACACAAAAGUGUAUUAUAGGCCUUUUCGGAAAGAGGUUAUUUAA